GGUCCAACCGGAGCAUCACAAGGCCUUUUUGUGCGCGCCUCCUGUUUUAACGGAGCAAGCAAGCGACGCGCGAAGGAGCGAGCGAGCGAGAGUCAGCGAUGGGGAGCCUCGGGGCCGCGAUCGACUCCAACCAUCGGAGGCCGAGGUUCCUGUGCCUCCAUGGCUUCCGCACCAGCGGCGCGAUCAUGCGGUCGCAGGUGGUGGGGAAGUGGCCGGAGGAGGUAAUCGGUCGAUUGGACCUCGUCUUCCCCGACGCGCCCUUUCCCGCCGAGGGCAAGUCGGACGUCGAAGGCAUAUUCCCUCCUCCCUAUUACGAGUGGUUCCAAUUCGAUAAAGAUUUUUUGGAGUACAGGAACUUGGAUAAAUGCUUCGCCUACAUCGAAGACCUCAUGAUCGAGCACGGACCGUUCGAUGGCCUCAUGGGCUUCUCUCAAGGUGCGAUUCUCUCGGCGGCACUCGUGGGUCUUCAAGCGAGGGGGUCGGCCUUGACGAGGGUACCGAAGGUGAAGCAUCUGGUUAUAAUUGGAGGGGCGAAGUUCCAAUCGCCGGCGGUGGCCGAGAAGGCGUAUGCGUCUGCUGUCGAUUGCACGUCGCUCCACUUUUUAGGUGACAUGGACUUCUUAAAAAAGCAUGGUGAAGCACUAUUAGAUUCCUUUAUAAAUCCAUACGUCAUCCGGCAUCCCAAGGGCCACACUGUCCCUAGGCUUGAUGAUAAAAGUCUGGAGACAAUGCGUGAUUUUCUGCAGAAGAUUGAAAAUGAUCUGCCCCGCGAUGCACCAUGUACUGAUAAGCAUGAGGAAGUACAUUUGAGUUAAUUCACUAUUGUUGAAGUUCAAAUUGCUGAAGAUGGUGAAAGCUGACGACAAAGUUAUUAUUUUAAACAGGAUAAUACCAUACUGAAGUCCAAUAAUCUGAUACUUUGUACUUAUCAGAUUUCAUUUUGUAGACGUGUGUUGAGAUAUAAAGAAUUUUGUUUUUACUUUUGCAAAUUCAUGGUCUAAAGAAUCAUGCAAGUCGGAAGCAUCUACCUUUGGCCUAUCUAUAUACAUGACUGUUUGGCUCCA